UGAGAAAUAAUUUGAAUCACUUAUAAAUUUAAACUCCUGUUUCCUCGUACAGACCACAGAACAAAUUUUGAGAGGCUAGCGAGCGGACACGGUCACAUUAUGAUUCGCAAAAUCGUAUUUUUGUUGUUCGCCCUUUACUGUUUCGACGGUGUUUUAUCAAAUAGCCUGAUAGCACCAUGCAAAAUCGACGACCAAGCGUGCAUAGACAAAUCUGUGGGAGAAGCGAGUACAAAAAUAAUCCAGGGCAUACCAGAACUAGGCAUCGAGCCAUCCGACCCGCUAUUCAUUGAGAAGAUCGAAGGGAACCUGUCCAUACUGAAGUACAAGUUCUUCAAUAGCACUAUAAUUGGUUACAAGGACUGCCACAUUUCAGAUCUUAAAGUAAGCAAGGAGCUCACAAGCGUACACUAUGUGCUGAACUGUCCACAGCUGAAGAUGAGUGGACUGUAUGAAAUCGACGGCCGCCUCAUCAUAUUGCCUGUGGAGGGGAAAGGGGACUUCGAUCUAAUUACAGGAAAAUACAAAAUCGAAGUUGACUCCGAUUUAAAAUUAACCCCCGGCUCUGACGGCAAGUCGCGCUUGGCUAUCAAGAACUAUAAACUGAAAUGUACUCCACUCACGGCGAUCCACUUUGACUUUAGAAAUUUGUUCAACGGACAAAAGGACUUGUCGGACGCAGUCCACAAAUUUGCGAACGGGAACUGGGACGAGGUCGCCAAGUUGGUGCAAGACCCAGUGUUUAACGCUGCCAUCGGAAAAAUCAUCAAAAACACGAACAAAAUGCUCAAAGCUACUUCUCCAGAUGAAUUUGUAUUAAACUAAACUUGAAGAAUUAAAUAUAAAUGCAUAAUAUUUUAAUAGAUGGGAAGCAAAACGUAACUUUACUUGCUUGAAAGGGCAAAGCCA